AUGUCAAAUCCUAAGUCAAUUAGAUAAGAAGUUGAGAAACAAAUCAAAAAUUGUACCAUCAAGAAGCAUGAUGUCAAGAAGUUCUUCAAGUUAAUGAAAAAAUAGUAAAAGCACUAUCAGAUUUUACAGUUUGCAGGAAAUGGAUCAUUUGCAAUUGUUUUAAAGGCUAUCAACAAAAUUACUGGCUAAACAGUGGCUCUUAAAGUCGUAGAAUGCGAUGAAAGCGACUUCAAAGGAAUGGAAGUUAUUCAAAACGAGUACAAAAUGCUGGAGGUAUUCAGCGGUUGUAAGUACAUUAUCAAAGUAUUCAACAGUUUCUACCUUACUGAAAGCAAUGAUUCUGAUUCUGAUGAAGAUGAUGAUUAAAUUCCAGUAGGCUAAAAUAACAAUUAAUCAAACUUAAUCAGGGUAUUCUAUGUUAUGGAAUAGGAAUUAUGUCAAACUACUCUAUCGUCAUUCAUUGAUACGUGUAAACAAAAAAAUAGCUAUCCAAGCUAAUAAAUGAAAGAAAUAAUGACAAUCUAAAUCUUAGAUUCAGUAGCUUUUUUGCACAGGUUUGAUGUUGUGCAUAGAGAUAUAAAGCCAUCAAACUUUUUGCUUAACUUUGAUCAAAACGGCAAUCCAACUCUUAAGCUAUGUGAUCUAGCUUUUGCAUCCGCUCUUAAGAAUAACGAAACAAGACUUUCAAUUUCGACUUUUAAAGGAUCUUAAGCUUAUACUGCUCCAGAGGUUUAUUACAAUGUAUACAAAAAACUGUCUGAUAUAUUUUCUGUCGGAAUUGUUUUGCUAGAACUUGAUAACAUAGCAACAUUUGAUGUCAGUAAAACAGUCAUUGAGCAAAAGUUUGAAACAAAAAAUGGAUAAAUCUUCUAAAAUUUCAGCAUAGAUAGAUAAUCCAAAAUCUAUUAGAUAGCCAUGCAAUGCCUUAAAUAUGAAGUGGACCAGCGUAAACCUGCAGUUGAGCUUCUAAUUCAAUUCAUUGUUUAGAACUAAUAGCACUUGAAUGUAGAUGUUUUUACAUUAUUAAAUAAGUCUCAAUUAAAGCAGAAAGCUGAAUAGUUUAAUUAAAUUUAAAUGAGCAUAAUACAGGACAAGAAAAAAAAUGAAAGUGAGAUCUUAAAGUUAUCUUAGGUUUAUCAUAAAGAUUUACACUUAGAAAAGCUUAUAAAAAAAUAUUAAUAAUUGGAAAGAAAGCCCUUCGAAACUUAUGAAUAUUAAAUCAUUCUUAAUGAUUUGCAAAAAAUGACUAAAUUUGAUCCUAACUUCGAAUUCAUUUCAGUUGGAGCAACUGGAUUAGUUCUCGGGGUAUUCAACAAAGCUUAAAAUAGGUACUCAGCUCUUAAGAUAUAAAGAGCUAAAAAGCAUGAAGUAGUCCGCGAAGUUGGUAUCAUGAAAGACUGUUAAAUGCCUCUAGUCAUUAAAUUUUAUGACUAUUUUUACUUAAAUGUGAAUAAUAAAGAAGAUUUUGUGGUAUAUGAGAUAGAGAAGUGUUCAGGCAACUUAAAACAAUUCCUAAAUAAUUUAAAGAAACAAAAUAAAGAACUAGAUGAAAAUCAAAAAAUAAAAAUAGCUAUCUAAAUCAUGGAUGUCAUUAAUUAUCUUCAUAUUCAUGAUAUCGUUCAUAGAGAUAUCAAAUUAGAAAACUUACUUUAUGUAGAGUAAGAUCCUGAAAUUCCAGCAAUUAAAUUAGCUGACUUUGAUUAAGCUAGAAAAAUGCCUUAUGAUUGGUCGUAUAUUGAUGGAUAAAAUGUUAAAUAAUACUAUCCUAUUGAAGGAGCUUGCGGAACUAUUGGAUACUGCCCACCAGAAUUAGUCAAAGAUUUCUUAUACAGUUUUAAUAGUGACAUUUUCUAAGUUGGAGUUUGUCUUGCACUUAUAGACAAUUUUGAAACUUUAGAACCAGUACUUGUUAACAAAAGUCUAGAUUAUUUGAACAACUUUUCAAUCCCUUUUGAAGUAAAACAACAUAAUGAAUAAGAAGUUGUUAAAAGGAAUACUAAAAUUUAUGAUAUACUGCUUUAAACUAUUGUUUUCAAACAACAUAAAAGGUCCAAUUUAUCUCUUAUUCUAGAUGGUUUUUCUAAAAAAGGGUACCAAUACCAUUCAAAAGUUAAUGCAAAGUCAAAUUAAAUUAUAUCAUCCAUCUGUUAAAGGGUUCUUUCUUUAAAUUAUUCCAAAAAAUAUUUAAGUUCAGAUGGGGUGAAAGCAGUUGCUUCCGAAAUAGCUAAAUGUACUAAUCUCUCUACUUUAAGCCUCGAUCUCAGUAACAACAACAUAGGUUCAGAUGGGGCGAAAGCAGUUGCUUCCGAAAUAGCUAAAUUUACUAAUCUCUCCACUUUAACCCUUUGGCUUGGUAACAACAACAUAGGUUCAGAUGGGGCGAAAGCAGUUGCUUCCGAAAUAGCUAAAUGUACUAAUCUCUCUACUUUAAGCCUCAAUCUCAGUAACAACAACAUAGGUUCAGAUGGGGCGAAAGCAGUUGCUUCCGAAAUAGCUAAAUGUACUAAUCUCUCCACUUUAACCCUUGACCUUGGCUCUAACAACAUAGGUUAUGGGGCGAAAGCAGUUGCUUCCGAAAUAGCUAAAUGUACUAAUCUCUCCACUUUAACCCUUUGGCUUGGCUCUAACAACGUAGGUUCAGAUGGGGCGAAAGCAGUUGCUUCCGAAAUAGCUAAAUGUACUAAUCUCUUCACUUUAAGCCUCGAUUUCGAUAACAACAACAUAGGUUCAGAUGGGGCGAAAGCAGUUGCUUCCGAAAUAGCUAAAUGUACUAAUCUCUCCACUUUAACCCUUGACCUUGGCUCUAACAACAUAGGUUAUGGGGCGAAAGCAGUUGCUUCCGAAAUAGCUAAAUGUACUAAUCUCUCCACUUUAACCCUUUGGCUUGGGUCUAACAACAUAGGUUAUGGGGCGAAAGCAGUUGCUUCCGAAAUAGCUAAAUGUACUAAUCUCUCCACUUUAAGCCUUUCGCUUAGUAACAACAACAUAGGUUCAGAUGGGGCGAAAGCAGUUGCUUCCGAAAUAGCUAAAUGUACUAAUAUCUCUACUUUAAGCCUCAAUCUCAGGUGGAAUAGUAUAGGUUCAGAUGGGGCGAUAGCAGUUGCUUCCGAAAUAGCUAAAUGUACUAAUCUCUCCACUUUAAGCCUCUACCUCAACUCUAACAACAUAGGUUCAGAUGGGGCGAAAGCAGUUGCUUCCGAAAUAGCUAAAUGUACUAAUCUCUCCACUUUAAGCCUUUGGCUCUA